AGUCAAUCAUGUUCUGUUUGUUGCGAGACGUUAGGUCUCGCGCUCACUUAACAUGGCCCCGGAUGCUGAAAUUCGAGACAAACUUUGAAAACCGGAAUCCCAACUUUCGAGGGAACACGCUCCUCCGAGGGAAGGGCCAAAAGCAAGUGGGCGAAAGCAAUGCGGACGGACCAGCGCUGAAUCAAUCAGUCGGCUGGGAUCGGGCCUUGCGUGUGGAAACGUGGGAAGCAUCUCCGGGUGGUAUUGUGGGGAAAGAACAUCUCGAAGAAGACUGGCACGGAUUGAAAGGAGUGAGAGAAGCACACCCAGGUCAACGGACGGCCGAGUCAGCGCGGCUGGACAGGCGUGUAUGUACCUUGAACUGCCAUAAUGCUGCGAUCUUUCACCAUGGGGUUAUGGCAUUCGUGCUCCAUUCACUUCCAGAUAAUCACCUCGGGGCACCACUCGUCCGGUGAUUUCAUGAGUGGGUUGAGUAAAUCGAGCCAACGCCUUGCCAGAGCUUCCGUUCUUGAUUCGUGCGGGCUGCCUCCGUGUACUGCACCUG